UCGGCAGAGAGUUCCGACUUCGAGACUGGCCGAUCGUUUAUAUAGCAGCGUGCUCGCACCCGAUUUUCAUCAGUCGCUACGCGUCUCUCGUCGUCAACGGAGCUCACGGAGCCUUCAAAGCAUCGGAAAAGCCAAGGGAAAAGGAAAAUCAACCAGCCAUCGAAAAUAGCCAAGUGCAAGUGCAUAUAGUAUCGCUGCCCAGUGUCGAACAAAAUCCUCUUCGAUGUCGAUUAAUUCGCCAAUAUCGUUAAAAAACUCGGACCUGCAUUGAACAGGCAAAGCGACCUCUAAUUAAAAAACCAAACAAAUUGUAUUGAAAGCAAAAAUCUAAACAAACAAACGAAGACAAAGCCACGGCAAAAACCGCAAACAACAAGUUGUUUGCUUUUAGUUCGCGUUCCCCUUAUUUUAUUUUUCCUUCCGUUCGGUUUUCCACGCACGCGCGUCGAGAAAAAUCAAAUUGAAAAUACUAAUCAACGGUUGAAAAGCAACUGUUGCAUCCUACCAACCGAAUCGAAGCCAAAUCAACCCAGACUUUCAAGUGGUAACCAAGCGAAAUACCGCAGAGAAUACAAAGUUGUGUGUGAAAAAGCGAACUAAAACCGAGAUCUUAACCAGGAAAACAACAAUUUCGUUUAUUGGGCUUAGGCCAUUGUAUGGAUCAGUCUAAACCAACGUCGAAACUUGGAGACGAGCCGGACCUCCUGUUCAAGCGAGCGCAGGGCCGGAUUAGUCUGAUCGGUGCUGGAGUAGGAGCCACCCAGGCUGGCCAAGCUGCCCAAUCACCGCUGCAUUCCAGCCAACAAACGUUCGCCAACAUUCAACUAGACGCCACGCUCAAUGAUUGCGAAAGUGGCUAUGUGCCCACCGUGGGCCGCUGGGGCUCCGAAUGGCCGAUGGCCCCUCCGAUCGCGGAGGAGGUCGCCCCCGGUGCCGCCGCUGCCCAGGAUCCGUUGCUCCCGGCGGAUCAGCAGCUGGCGGAUGGGUUGGUGCUCGGACUCGGCCGGGGAUUGGGAUUGACUACGACGCGAUCUAAUGCCGCGAGUGAGCAACCAACUGGACAUGGCACUGGCGCCAUCCGUCGCACACCCUCCACCUCCAGCGAAGAGGAGGAUCUGGAGGACUUGGAGGACGAGGAGCUGGUGCCUCCGACCGACCUGACAUCGGUGGAUAAAUCGGAGCGCUACUCCGACAUCAGGCAGCUGCUGGCCAGACAGCAGAUUGUGGGGAUUCCCGCUGGUCAGUGGAUCGUGGGCGAUGGCUACGAUCUGGAGGCCUUCAACCAGAUGAACGGAGUGUGGCCCCUGGGCCAUCCGCUGCCGCUGCCCGACUGGAGCUCGGAGGCGGGGGGCAAGGGCACCCUGAUCUUCGACAACGUCUGGCAGUACGAGGAGCUGAACGGGAUUGUGGAGACCACGCUGCAGCGGAUGCUGGAGGAGACGCACUACAACACGGUCAACCUCUUCGUCGACUUCUAUCGCAGCUUCAAGCGCACCCGUCGCUCCGAUCUGCGCAGCUUCUUCCAGUUCUACGAUGUGCCCAUCAAUCGGCGCCAUCACAUGUGUGUCUCCCUGGCCUUCGAGAUCAUGGCCAGGAUGGUCCAGCUGUUCCCCGUGCUGGCCAACUACCUGUACGUGGUGUCCUGCGAGGAGCAGGUGAUGGACUGCCAGGACUACGUGCAACUGGACGAGGAGUGUGGCCUUAACUCGGUGGACGCGGGUGUGGAGAAGGAGCACGUGAUGGUGGCCAUGCGCGUAGCCAUCGGCGAGCGACGGGGUGUGAUGAUCCUGGACCCAGGAUACCAUGUCAGCCGAGCAGUGACUGUCAUGCAGGAUCAGAGCUAUCCACACACGGGCUGGUUCACCCAAUCCAAGGAGCCGCAUCUGCAGCGGGACUAUUGCUAUGCUUAUAGCCAGCAGAACGGGAAGUUCGUGGAGUGGAAGGAGCGCGAGAUCCGUGGCGAUGAUACCAGCUACAAGACCUCGCUGAUCUACGUGGCCCAGGAGUACAUCACGGCCAUCGAUGUGACGGUGCGUCGUAAUCUGGUCUACAACUUCCGGUCGCUGCUCUCUCGCGAUGCCAAGGGUCAGGUGUAUGCGGGUAUCUACUUCCCGCUGGUGGCCAAUGGCCAGGAGGCCUAUCUGACCAUCUUCUACGACGGACCCAAUGAGCAGCGGGUGCGAACGAAGCUGAUGUUCAGCGCCUUCAAAGUGGGCAAGGGAAAGCUGCCGGACUACGUGGCUCAACAUCUCAGCAGGCUGGCGCCGCAACUGAAGAUGCCCCUGCCGGAACUGACCGAACUGUGCAAAUCCCUGGCCGAGGUGGUCACCGACCAGAGCUUCAUCAGCCAGGUUUUGGCCAUAAACGACGAUAUUGGCAACAUGUCCGUGGAGAAUUGACAGUUAAAGGAGCCUAAGGAUGUCGCUGCUAUGGAAACGGAAAUUAAAACAGAAACGAAGAUGGAGAAACUGGCGAUAAAAGACACUACUGACAACGCAGCUGCAACUUAGAGUUCCAACCCAAAAUUCUAUUUCAAUACUUUACCCUUUCCACAGUAAUAUUUCUUUUAGUAGCACCUAGGCACACACACACACACACGAUUCAAGGAUAUAUUUCAAUUUAGUCUAGUAUAUAUUUCAGAAAAUAUUUAUAUACCUAUACACACAAGAACACGUGCACUCUAUAUGGUAACCCCAAUUGAAUGAUUUAACCGAAAGCGAAAUGCAAUUUAAUCAAAACCAGAAAAGCGCCAAAGCAUAGAUUUCAAUUUCGCUUAGCUUCUGUUUAUUUCGAACUAAGUAUAUACGUAUGCGCAACUAUAUAAAGGCAAAAUUAGUUAAUAACUGGUAACGUGGCAAAACAUAAAUUGUAAUUGUUGUAUGGACAUAUUUCCGUUUUAACACUUAAAUGCACUGUACUAUUUCGGUUCAAUAAAUAAAUCAGCUAGCAAAAAA